GCCCAAUUUCUCUUCUUUUUGGGUUGAAAUUUUUGAAAUUCUUGUUCGAAUUUUUCAUUUAUUUUUCGAUUUUUUAUAGUCUUAAAAAAAAUAUCAUGUCUUAUGAGCCAAUGGACGAGAUGGAUUGGGAAGAUCUCGAACUAUUGGAGAGUUUGGAGAGAGAACUUACCCCAUGGGAGAGCACGUAUCUCGACGAGCUCCAUGAACGAAGAAAUCGAGAAGAGUACGAGCGACAACUCAUGGAAGGGCGAGGAGCAAGAGAGGGUGAAGUUCAGAACGAUGAAGAUGAUGGUGCGCUUAAUUUUCUAAUCCUUGAGGAUAAGGAAAGUCUUGAAGAGGAGGGGAAUGAUACGGAAGUGGUCAUCAACCCAGGUGAGUCAGACGACGAGGAUGGCGAUG